UUUUAACAAAUUUUUUUAUCUACAGACUUUAUAUUAGCUGACUCCGUUGCAACAUUUUUUUUUCAUUUUUUAUAGAAGUAAAAAAGCCUAAGCUCUGUAAGCAUGGCUGUGGUUGUUAAGUAGUUAAAGGUGAAUGAAAACAAGUUUCAAAAUCCCGAGCAUCUCAACCUCCCCAAAGAGGGGUGUGUGAGGUGUGUAUGAGGUUUAAAAUUGAGGAAAAUUAGAAGCAUUUUUAAUCUUGAGAAUUCUCCACCUUGACAAGAGUAAGGGGCAAAGAGCUGGUUUUGUUUCAUUAAAGCAUUUGUUCACAUUGGCAUAUUAUCAGUUUUUGUGACAACAUUGGAGAGAUCCUUCUGCUGCAUCCUGAGUUCUAAUAGGUUGAAUCCUUUGAAAAUACUUUGAAGUUUCAUUCUUCCCCUAUUGCCUCCUUUAGCUACCAUAUGCUACUUAAGAUAAAAUAAGGCUCUUCAGGCAGGCAAUUUUUGGCUUCCUCCCAAUGCCAUACUUUCUACUGAUGUGAGGCUUUGGGGACAGAUGGUUACCCAAGAGCCCUGGUCAUGUUGGCCAGAAUUAUUUGUGGGAAGAACAGACUUACUUCUCCUCAUUGUCAAGUGUCCAAGGGGAGGGGCAGCAGAACAGGUUAUUGGAGCAGAGCUCUAUAAAGGGCUGAGUUUUUCACCCCCAACAAAGGAGAAACUUCAUCUUUCUCUGAAGCUGUGAAGAGGCAAUAAGUCAAGAAAGUCACAGCUCUGUGGGUCUCAGGUACUGGAAGAGCAGGGAUGGUGAAAGCUGAGCUUUCAGGUCUGUCUUAACCCCAAGGGGGAGGGUCCAGGCAGGGAAGUGUUCAAGUCAGCUCAUAUUGGCUUCCAAUCAUUAAAUUUUUAGUCUAAGCAUUUAUAGACAGGAAACAACAAAUCAUAUGAACCAGAACCUGAUUUCUUGUUUUGCUGAUUGCCUAGACUUAAAGAGAUGGGAAAAAUGUCAACAAUGUAGGUUAAACUUAAAAGUGUGCCUAUCAUUCAUUAUACAUGUAUAUAUAGCACAACGUCUGUAUAUACAAUUAUGACACGUGCUAGAUGUACUUUUUAGCAUGUGAGUAUGUGCGUAUCUAUUUACUUGUGCAGAGAUGUGACUGUUAAACAUUUACUAACACACUCAUAGUGUGGAUCAAGAUUGAAGGAAGGUUCAGAGGGUUUCCUAGCCUAGGGUCAAGACCUGAGGAAGUGGUUUGGGAAAUGGGAAAUAAUGGUCUCCAGCCUCCCUUUGCAGUGACAAGUAUUUGCACUGAGAAGAUGAUGAUGUGGCUUUCUACAUUGCUGUUCCUAUUGUUGCUGACCAAAGAGGGCUGUGCUGGUCAACUUCUGCCCCUGCAUGCAGCCUGUGCUUAUUUCAAAGAAUCCAUACCUCAAAGCUGCAAGGAAAUCAAAGAGAAAUGUCCAGAGUCAGAUGAUGGCCUGUACUUCCUCCAGAGUGGGAAUGGGAACAUCUACCAGACCUUUUGUGACAUGAGUACUGGGGGAGGUGGCUGGACCCUGGUGGCCAGUGUGCAUGAGAAUCACUUGGCAGGGAAGUGCACCCAGGGGGAUCGUUGGUCCAGCCAGCAAGGUAACAGAGUCGACUAUCCUGAGGGUGAAGGGAACUGGGCCAAUUAUGUCACCUUUGGAUCUGCAGAAGCUGCUACCAGUGAUGACUACAAGAAUCCAGGUUACUAUAGCAUUCAGGCCAAGGAUCUGGCCAUCUGGCAUGUGCCCAACAAGUCUCCCUUGCAGCAGUGGAGGAAUAGUUCCCUGCUGAGGUAUCGUACCAACACUGGCUUCUUCAAGGGUUUUGGAGGGAACCUCUUUGCCCUGUAUCAGAGGUAUCCAGUGAAAUAUGGGAUUGGCAAGUGUUGGACUGACAAUGGCCCAGCUAUACCCGUCACCUAUGAUUUUGGUGAUGCACAAACAACUGCCCGUUAUUACUCUCCACUUGGCCAGCAGGAAUUGGUUGGAGGCUUUGUCCAGUUCCGGGUAUUUAAUACAGAGAGAGCAGCCAAUGCCCUCUGUGCUGGAAUACGAGUCACUGGAUGUAACACUGAAAUUCACUGCAUUGGUGGAGGUGGAUACUUUCCAGAAGGGGCUCCCAGGCAAUGUGGAGAUUUCUCUGCCUUUGACUGGAAUGGCUAUGGAACUCAUACUGGUUAUAGCAGCAGUCGGGAGAUAAUAGAGGCUGCUGUGCUCCUGUUCUAUAGAUGACCACUUUGACAUUCUGGAACCAGACAUUUGCAGAUUCAGGAAUGGAUAACUUCCCUUCUCCUCAAGAACCAAUGUGAGGUGAUUCCUCUGGGCAUGGAGUUUGGAGAGAAUAAUAAAUCCCAUUAAACCACAA